AUGGGCAAAGCACCAAAUAAGAAGUUUACAACAAAACCAAACCCAACUGGAAAUACAGUUGCCGCUGACAAGCAUCUCAAUAGUGUCUUUAAAUUCAACACCAAUUUAGGUCAACAUAUUCUCAAAAAUCCCCAAAUAGCUCAAGGAAUUGUUGACAAGGCCCAAAUCAAACCUAGUGACAUUGUAUUGGAAGUCGGUCCCGGUACCGGUAACUUGACAGUACGAAUUCUUGAACAAGCACGUAAAGUAAUUGCCGUGGAAAUGGAUCCAAGAAUGGGUGCUGAAUUAACCAAAAGAGUGCAUGGGACACCACAGGAAAAGAAAUUGGAGAUAUUAUUGGGUGAUUUUAUCAAAACCGAUUUGCCUUAUUUUGAUGUGUGUAUAUCAAACACGCCAUAUCAAAUUUCAUCACCAUUAGUGUUUAAAUUACUCAAUCAACCUCGCCCACCUCGGGUAUCGAUCCUCAUGUUUCAGCGAGAAUUCGCCAUGAGACUAGUUGCAAGACCUGGUGAUGAACUAUAUUGUCGAUUAUCGGCAAAUGUUCAAAUGUGGGCCAAUGUGACCCAUAUUAUGAAAGUAGGUAAAAACAAUUUCCGACCACCACCACAAGUUGAAUCGAGUGUUGUUAGGAUAGAAGUGAAGAAUCCUCGACCCAAUAUCGAUUUCAAUGAAUGGGAUGGAUUAUUAAGGAUCGUGUUUGUGAGAAAAAAUAAGACUAUUGCCGCUGGGUUCAAAUCGCUGAAUAUAAUUGAUAUUUUGGAAAAGAAUUACAAGACAUGGUUGGCGACAACUGGUCAGGAAAAUGAUGGAGAUGCAAUGGUUGUUGAUAAUAGAGCUGAUUUGAAAAACUUGAUAAAGGAGAAAAUCACUAAAGUGUUAACAGAAACGGGGUUCUCAGAUCAAAGAGCCGGUAAAAUGGAUCAAACGGAUUUCUUGAAACUAUUGUACGCUUUCCAUCAAGUUGGUCUACACUUUGCUUAG